CGUUGUUGUAGUGUUCCUCAAGUUGUUAAGUAAGAAAUAUCGAAAAAGGCGGUUCCUUCGUAUUCGUAGUCUUUCGCUUCGGAACGAACGUUGCACGAAAACACCGCGCUUAUAAAUGAAUUUAUAUUUCUCAUUGUCUUAAGAAUAAAUAUUUCCUAAACAACAAUUGACUGAUUUUUUUUGUUUGCAUCAAAUAAAAACACGAACUUUAUAACGAACUUGUGUGAACAACUUUAAGGUCUAACUUAAAUCGCGCGCUAUUGUCUGACGAUUUUCAGUUUUAAAUCCAUCAAGGUGUGGUCGGCAUAACAUUCAGUAACAUUUUUUGAGGUCUUUUCUCUUUUGAGCUGUUGUACAGAGUACAGCCUUUUCAGCAGCAGACAUCAUUAAAACAGGAAGACCUGCUUUGCUAAAUUUGAAAUAACAAAUCACCCUAUAAACAAAAAUUCACCCAAAGAAAUUUCAAAAAAAAAUACCUACAACGAAAAGAAAUAUGCCUACAUACAUCUAAUAAUUUUUGUGUGUUUUAUGUCGCAUAAUUCAUCUUCCCCCAAAAACCAAAGAUAGAAAUAUUAAGUCAAACGUUUAUUAUUGCUUAGUUGGGUCGUGUGCGGAAAAAUCAGUGCAACUCGGAGUGCAUCACUGCUGGCCAUAUUAAUAGUGAACCAUCGCCGGGCGAUUGUAUACCUGCCUAACUUUCUUUGUGUGUAAACUGCAGAGUCUUAAAUGUUUUUCUGACCUAAAAUAACCUUUGGAAAUUACAUAAAUUCGAGUUGAAGCUGUCACUAAUGAUAUUUUGAUCGUGGCGACAUAUUAAUCGAUCGAUCGAGCAAGCGAGUGUCUCCGGAGUGUUUGCGAGACCUAAGAAGUGCGAAAUUUUUCAUUGUAACCGGAAAAAAGGCAACAUUUUAAUUUAUCAUACAAAAUGUCGAAGUCUCCUCACCUGGAUGAUUCUUUGUUCGUGCGACAAGCGCGCCCUUUCCACCUUGGCAAAUUCCUUUACAAUUCAGAAGAGGGAACUGUCAUGAACCGUGACAGAACUUCAUGGGCGAAAAUCGGCAUUUUCUAUUUUAUAUUCUAUGGAGUUUUAGCUGCUCUAGUUGCCAUCUGUAUGUGGGUAUUCCAUCAGACCUUAGAUUUAACCGAACCAAAAUGGAAGCUUGAAGAAUCAAUAAUUGGAACAAAUCCAGGUCUCGGUUUCAGACCAUUGCCACCAGAGGAAAAUGUAGAGAGCACAUUAAUUUGGUACAAAGGUACUCAAUAUGAAAACUACAAACACUGGACAGAUUCGCUUAAUGAAUUCUUAGAUGUUUACAAAGUACCUGGUCUUAAACCAGGAAGAGGUGAAAAUAUUUUCAACUGUGAUUACAAUCGACCACCGCCACCUGGACAUGUUUGUGAUGUUGAUAUUAAAAGCUGGGAUCCAUGUACUAAGGAAAAUAAUUACAGCUAUCACAAAAGUGCCCCAUGUGUCUUUUUGAAAUUGAAUAAAAUAUUCGGUUGGGUUCCACAAUUCUAUAAUGCUACAACUGAAUUACCCGCAAAAAUGCCAGAGAACUUAAAAUCUUAUAUAGGACAAAUUCAAAAAGAAGAUGCAAAGAAGCUGAAUACCAUUUGGGUAUCAUGUGAAGGUGAAAAUCCAGCUGAUCAAGAAAAUAUUGGUCAAAUUGAUUAUCAACCGAUGCAAGGAUUUCCUGGAUUUUUCUUUCCAUACACAAAUGCCAAGGGCUAUCUGAGUCCUCUUGUAGCUGUCCAUUUCCAGCGACCAAAGCGAGGAAUCAUCAUCAAUGUUGAAUGCAAGGCAUGGGCUAAAAAUAUUCGUUAUGAUCGCAAAGAAAGAAUGGGAUCUGUACACUUUGAACUUCUAAUUGAUUAAUAACACUUUUAAGUUAUAUUUCUCAUCAGACUUGAGUAAUAGAUUAAAACAAAACAACAGACAAAAAACCAUCGUGAAUGCUUCUUUCUAUAAAAAUUUAAAAUAAUAAUAAUGUAUUUUAUAUAAUAAUCUAUGUAGAAAUCUCCUCCUGCCUCUUCACAUAUUAUGUAUUUCUCUGUCCAUUGCAGAAUCUGUUUUGAAAAUAUUCUUAAUGUCAAAAUGAAUAAUAUAUAUAAUUUAUUUAAGAAAUCAAUUUAAAAAAAUCUUUUAUAAUGAAAAAACGAAUCAAAUUACACUAAAUUUUUAAUAAAUAAAUAUUUAAGCAGAGAAUGUCAAUAAUAUACAAUAAUUAGUAAAAAUAUUUUAUUUAAAUUAUCAAAACAACUUUUACAAAAAAAUACAAAUUUUUGCAAAUUUAUUAUUCUCCGACAUACAAUUUUCCAACCAAUAUAUUCAGAUAAAUAAAUUAUUUAUGUAUGUUUGUAUAUUGCAAAUAAAUCGAAUUCCGAAUCUCGAAAUUAAAGAAAAAAUAUAUAUUAUAUAAAAUGAUUAUUAAAUUAUUUUGCUUAUUAAAUAAAUACAUAGAGAGUUAAAUUAUAUUUAUUGCUUAUAAGUUUAUUACAACUAAACUGCCAUUAAAAUGAAAUAAACAAUAGUGAGAAAAAUAACAACAACAACAAGAACAAAAAUCAAAUUCAAGUGCAGCUUUUUUUUAUAAAUUAAACAAUAAUAAUAAUUUGUCUCCCUUUUUAAGUUUAAUAUUUCAUUAUUUUAUUCAGAGAGAUAUAUUAUUUAUUAUUUUUAAGUUAAAAUUUGUCUUUUUGUUUAAGAAACAACAUUCAAUAGUUUUUAAAAUAGUACCUUUAUCAAUUUUAAUUUCACAAAACAAAAACGUAAGAAAUGAUGUUUAAAUAAUGACAACUUAAAUGUAGCUGUCAUUUGUAUUAUUAAGUUAACAAAUAAAUUUGCUAAGACAGAUCAAUGAAACAACAACAAAUAAAUUAAAGUGUACAAAAAUAUAAAGAAAAAUAUA